UACCAGCAAGUCAUCAUGCCUAUGUUCACUCUACCGGAGAUUAAUAGGAAUCCCAUUCUGUUGCCCAACAUUUCCCUGGGAUACCAUAUAUACAGCUCCUAUUCCAGUGAAGAAAGAACCUUGGAGAGCUACCUGUGGUGGCUGUCUGGAACAGACCAGCUCAUCCCUAAUUACAAUUGCAGAGAGCGAGGAAAGGUUGUGGCUGUCAUUGGAGGAGCCACAUCAGCUCUCUCUGUUCAGAUGGGGAGCCUGCUUGACCUCUACCAUUUACCCCAGAUUACUUAUGGCCCAUUUGAUCCCGGUCUCACUGACAAAGUCCAGUUUCCUUCCCUCUAUCAGAUGGCCCCCAAAUCCUCUUCUCUUCACCGAGGUAUUGUCCGCUUAUUGUUAUAUUUUCAAUGGAACUGGAUAGGUCUGAUUGUCUUAGAUGAUAGCAGAGGUGAAGAAUUCCUCAGGGAAAUGAGAGAGGAAAUGAAAAAGAAUACAGUUUGUUUGUCCUUCACAGAGAAGAUUCCUCUGAGCCCCGCAAAAAUUAGAGAGACGUCUGAAGUCUUCAAGUCCAGGAUCCUUAUUUCAGAAGUCAAAGUCAUUGUCAUUCAUCCUGACACAGAUUCAUUAACAUUUGUGGAAAUCCCACCAAAAUUUUUAUUCCCAACCAAGAAGGUGUGGAUUGCCACAUCUCAUUCAGACGCUACAACAAGAGCCUUGUAUCAUUAUGGUUUCACUUUCCCUACUACUCUCUUCUUUUCACACUUGAUCACUCCAGUACCUGGGUUUGAGAGUUUUAUCAGAAGCCUUAUAUCUCCUUUAACCAUGAGGGAUGUUCUUCUUAAAGCACAUAGGCCAUCACCUCUGAAAUGCUCAGAUCAACCAGAUAUCCCAGAGCAAGAUUUAUAUUUACCAAAUGCCUCCAUGAAAUAUUUACCUUUUUACCCUGUGGACAUGACAACAUCCGCCUUGAGUUACAACAUCUACAAUGCUUUCUAUGCUGUGGCGUGGGCUCUCCAUGAAACACUGAUGAAAAGAUCCGAGAAAAGAUCCUUGGGAAAUGAGGAAUCUGUAUUGCCUCAUCCAUGGCAGGUUCCCUCUGCCAUAUGUAGUGCCAGUUGUCCUGCUGGAUCCAGGAAGUUGCCUUUGGAGGGGAAGCCUCCUUGUUGCUUCAGUUGCUCCCCAUGCUCAGAAGGAGAAAUCUCCAGUCAUAAGGCCAACAAUGCCGAGCAGUGUAAGAAGUGCCCAGAGAAUGAAUUUCCCAAUGAGCAAAGAGAUCGCUGCCUCCCCAAAUCUGUGACCUUCCUGGAUGUGAAUGAACCUUGGGGGACGGCAGUGACAGCUGUAGCGGUUUCCCUCUCAUUCCUCUCGGCCCUGGUGCUGUGGGUCUUUGUGAAGUUCCAAGACACUCCCAUAGUCCAAGCCAAUAACAGGAACCUCAGCUACCUGCUCCUCAUCUCCCUCUCCUGCUGCUUCCUCUGCUCCUUGCUCUUUGUGGGCCGUCCCACCCCUGCUUCCUGCCUUCUCCGACAAACAGUGUUUGCAGUUGUGUUCACAGUGGCCGUUUCCUCCAUUUUGGCCAAAACCAUCAUCGUGGUUCUGGCUUUCAGGGUUACAGGGCCAGGGAGCAGGAUGCGGAUGUUCCUUCAUCCUAGAGUGCCCUACUGUGUGGUUCUCAUCUGCUCUGGAAUUCAAGUGCUUUUCUGUGCCAUCUGGUUGGGGACCCAUCCCCCAUUUCCAGAGGCAGACACAAGCUCUGAAUCCAGGCACAUCAUCCUCACAUGUAACGAGGGCUCCGCCUUUGCAUUUUACUGUGUCCUGGGCUACAUGGGCUUUCUGGCCCUGGGCAGCUUCACCAUAGCCUUCCUGGCCAGGAACCUGCCCGAUGCCUUCAACGAAUCCAAGUUCAUCACAUUCAGCAUGCUGGUGUUUUGCAGUGUCUGGGUCUCUUUCCUCCCCACAUAUCAGAGCUCCAAAGGGAAAGCCGUGAUGAUCGUGGAGAUCUUCUCCAUCUUGGCCUCCAGCGCCGGGUUACUGGGCUGCAUUUUUAUUCCCAAAUGUCUUGUGAUUCUCCUGACAUCGUGGGAAAAUAACACAAAACACAACAAGAAUCAAAGGAGUUCCAGGAACAAGAAUUCUUCUUUUUUUUAAAUUUGAUAUCUUUAUUUUCCCCUGUUUCAUGUAAAACAGUUUUAACUUUUUUUAAAGCUUUGACUUCCACAUUCUCUCCCUUCUUUCCCAACACCAGAACCACUGAGAUACCACACGUGCAGUUACACAAAAUAUUUAUAGAAAUGACUUGUUGAGAAAUAUAUGUGUUUCAUUCCUUGGGUUAAUAAAAAGAAUCCUUAAAAAUAAAAUUUUUACAAACUGUGUAACAUCAACAGUUUCAUCAUAAAGACUUUCAGAGCAGUUUUGGGUCAUUUUGUUGUUGAAAAAGCAAAGUUAUUCACAGGUGACCAAUCCACUCUAUUGCUUGAUUUUGUACACAUUACAUUUCAAUUUUCAUAUGUUCAUGUAUAUCUUUCCAGAUUUUUCCGGUCAUCAUAGUUAGAGAAUCAUCAAAGUAUUCCAUCAUAAUACCACAUAAUACCACAAUUUCUUCCGCCAUUCUUCAUUUCAUGAGAAUUCCCUCGAUUUCCAAUUCUUUCCCCAAGAACAGAGGUGACAUCAAUAUUUUUGUACGUAUAUUUCCUUUUCC